AUGGACUCUGGAACCUUCAACACCACAGUUGACAUAAAGCUGAAGCAGUGGACUGACAAGCAGCUCCCUCACAAAGCACUAGAGGUUGCCUGGGAGACGCUGCAGGAAGAGUUUGCCCGCUUCAUGGCUGAAUACAAAGGCAAAGACCAGGACGACAUUUUUGACAAGCUGAAGGAGGCUGUGAAAGAUGAGAGUAUUAAGAGACACAAAUGGAACGAAAGGGCCAUGGACAGUCUGAGAGUUAUCCAACAUAAUGCACUGGAAGACCGUUCCAUAACAGACAAGCCUCAGUGGGACGCAGCCAUUCAGUUCAUGGAAGAAACCCUGCAGUCUCGACUUAAAGACACGGAGUCCGUAAUCCGAGACAUGGUGGGUCCAGAUUGGAAAGAGAGGUGGAUGAACUGGAAGAACCGCAGUCCAGAGCAGCACAUCCGGAAUGAAACUAAGAAUGAGCUGGAGCGCGUACUUAAACUCCAUGAUGAACACACGGCGUACUUGGCGAAUGACGAGGUGACAACGGUCCGUAAAAACUUGGAGGCCCGCGGUGUAGAAGUGGAUCCAGUGCUGAUCAAGGACACCUGGCACCAGCUAUACCGGCGACACUUUCUGCAAACAGCUCUUUCACACUGUAGUCUUUGCAAGAGAGGGUUUUACUAUUACCAGAGGCACUUUGUCGAUUCUGAGCUGGAGUGCAAUGACGUGGUCCUUUUUUGGAGAAUCCAGCGCAUGUUAGGAAUCACAGCCAACACUCUCCGACAGCAGCUCACAAACACUGAAGUGCGGCGGUUAGAAAAAAAUGUCAAGGAAGUGUUGGAGGACAUUGGGGAGGACUCCGAAAAGAAAACCCAGCUCAUCACUGGCCGCCGGGUCCAGCUGGCUGAGGACCUCAAAAAGCAAGGAAACAGGUACAUCUGGAGUUCCCCACACAAUGCACUGAGCGAAGAAGACUGCUGUAAAUGA